AUGACAAUGACGCGCCCAUUGAACAGGGAUAGGGCCGAUGCUGAUCUGCAGCAGCAUAUCAAGAAGGCCACAAGCCCUGACGAGACUGCUCCCAAACAGAAACACGUUCGAGCAUGCAUUGUGUACACAUGGGACUACCGCUCGUCGACAGCGCUGUGGCAAGGAUUCCGGUCACAGCCCAUGCUGGGCGAUGAAGUGCAGACCUUCAAGGCCUUGAUCUCUGUCCACAAGAUCAUCCGAGAGGGACACCCCUCAGCGUUGAAGGAUGCGCAGAAGGAGACUGGCUGGCUGGAUCAAUGCGCUCGCUCAACUCAACAAUUCGACAGCUAUGCAACGUUGAUUCGGGCGUAUGUCGACUUUUUGCACUCUAAGCUUCGGUACCACAGCAACCAUCCCGAGUUCAACGGAACCUUUGACUACAACGAGUACAUCUCGCUCAAAGGCAUCGACGAUCCCAACGAAGGAUACGAGACAAUUAGCGACCUGAUGAAUUUGCAGGACCAGAUUGACCAGUUCCAGAAGCUUGUCUUUGCCAACUUUCGUCCUUCGUCGGACAACGAGUGUCGAAUCGCAGCAUUGGUUCCCUUAGUCCAGGAAUCCUAUGCCAUCUACCAGUUUGCAACCAGCAUGCUGCGUGCCAUGCACAGACGCACGAAUGAUCCAGAGGGACUGGUGUUGCUGAGACAACGGUACAACGCUCAACACUAUGCAUUAAUCAAGUUCUACUAUGAGUGUUCGAACCUAAAGUACCUGACCAGCCUGAUCAGCGUACCCAAGCUGCCCCAAGACCCACCCAGUCUCAUCGGAGGCGACUCUCCUCCUAUGCUCCCCACCCGUCAACCAGCCACCCCUCGCCAGCAGCAGCCUGUCCGGGAGACACCUCCACAGUCGCCCGGUCCCGAUUGGGCAGAGCAGCAGCGAGAUAUUGCAAGAAAGCAGCGCGAAUACGAUUUGGAGCAACAGAGGUUGCAGCAGCAACGGGAGCUCGAGCAACAACAGCAGCAGAUGGAGGCGUUGAAGUUGCAGCAGGAGUUUGAUGAGCAGAAGAGGCUCCAGACGGAGCGGGAGCGGUUACAGCGUGAGCAGUUGGCGAGGGAGCAGAUGCAGCGGCAUGCGGAGGGGCGUUUGGCGGAGUUGGAGAGGGAUGUCCUGGCUCUUCGUGGACAGUACGAGCGUGACCAAAUGCUCAUUGAUCAAUAUGACCGGAGAGUCAAGGGAUUGGAGCAGGAGAUGCAGUUGGUCAACAUGAACGCCCAGCAACAGCUCGCCUCCAAAGAUGAGAUGAUCCGAAGCAUCCAAGACCAAAUCAACGUUUGGAAGUCCAAGUACGAGGCACUGGCAAAGCUAUACUCACAACUGCGUCAAGAACACCUGGAUCUCCUCAACAAGUUCAAGACUGUCCAGCUCAAGGCCAACUCUGCCCAGGAAGCGGUCGACAAGAUGGAGAAAAUGCAAAAGGAGAUCAAGGACAAGAACUUGCAGAUGGCAGAUAUGGUCCGUGAGCGCGAUCGUGCCAAGAACGAGUUAUUGAGAUGGCAAAACACCCAGAAUGACGAGAUUGCUCGUCUGAAGCGGGAUUUGGAGACGGCGAAUGGACGUGUCGAGGAUUUGGGGCGGUCCAAGAGUUCUGAGGUUGGAUCUAUGGUUGCCAAGUUCAAUAAGGAGAAGCAAGACCUUGAAGACCUUGCUAAACGCCGGCAACGCGAAAUUGAUUCGCUGAUGCGCCAAGUGGAGGACCAGAAGGCCGAGAUUGAGCGUAUGCAGAUCGAGAACGAGGAAGAGAAGUCUGUCCUUGAGAGCGGUCUUGACGAGACUCUGCUCGAACUGGCGACCUUGCGCGACGGACAGGGCGAAAAGUCCGCUGUGCAGCAAGAGCGCCUUGACCAGAUGAUGAGUUCCCACAAACGCAAGAUGCAGCAUAUCCUUGACUCGAUUUUGGAGACGUGCAUUAGCAAGGUGGAGGAGAGCAUCUACGACCUGGAAUCGCCAACGCAGCUCGGGAACCAGAAUGCAACACCCGAGUUCACACUGUCGAUGAUCGAGAAGGCCCACACCGCAUCCACGGAAUUCGAACUCGCCCUACUCCAGUACCUCCGCCCCUCGAGCGAGGUCAACCAGGUCGAAGCUAUCCGUGCAGCCUUGAACCUCUCCCAGACUUUGGCUGAUGUUUUGGGCAACGCCAAGGGGAUCACAAGGUUGGCCAAGAAGGACGAGGAUGCGGAGGAGAUUAUCCGUCAUGCCAAGUCGUCCGCUGUGGCGGCGCAGGAGUUCUUUACGAACGUGACGUCUUCCAGGAUUGGUGGUCUAUCGCCUGAGGGGAGUAUCCGGACGAUCGAAAAGUCGAAUGAGUCCGUCCAAGCUGCGAUGGAGCGGUUGGCGAAAUCUGCAGAGCAUUUGAUCCCCAAGAAUAACCAGUUGGAUCCUUCAAGGUUGGAUCUGGGAGAUAUGGUGGAGACGGAGAUGGUUAAUGCGGCGAGGACGAUUGAAGAAGCGACGGCGCGUUUGCAGGCGUUGAUGGCAAAGCCCAAGAAUGAUGGUUUGUCGGCAAUUGAGUUGCAGGUGAAUGCGUCGAUUCUCGAGAGUGCCAUGGCGAUGAUGCAGGCGAUUGGGCAUUUGAUCAAGUGUGCGACCAUCUCGCAGCAAGAGGUCGUUGCACAGGGCCGUGGGUCGUCGACGAAUGCGGCGUACUACAAGAAGAAUAACCGAUGGACUGAGGGUCUGAUCUCUGCGGCCAAGGCUGUAGCUAUCGCGACGACGCUGCUGGUUGAGACUGCGGAUGGAGUGAUUUCAAAGACACAUUCGAUGGAGCAGUUACUGGUAGCUUCGAACGAGGUUGCAGCGGCUACAGCACAACUAGUGGCAGCAUCGAGGGUCAAGGCCAACUUUAUGUCCAAGGCGCAGGAUAAUCUGGAGCGGGCGUCCAAGGCAGUGACGGAGGCGUCGAGGGCGCUUGUGAGGGCUGUGAAGGCGAUUAUGGAGCGGGAAAUGAAGGAUAGGGAGAACGCCGUGGAUUACCAGAAUAUGAAUGCGCACGAGUUCAAGAUCAAGGAGAUGGGACAGCAGGUCGAGAUCUUGAAAUUGGAGAAGGAGUUGACUUUGGCGAGGAGAGUCCUUGGCGAGAUGCGUAAGGUUUCUUACCACCAGGGCGACGACUAG